AUGGAGUCUGGUCAGGGGCAGGUGAACAUACAACGAGCCAAAAAAAGAAAACAAGAGCUUCUUGGCUCCCUUUCAACUCACGAUUACCUGACUCCUCUCAAGCAAAGUCGACAAAAGCGCCAUGGUGGAACGGCAGAGUGGCUUUUUGAGAUACAAGAGUUUGAUCACUGGAUUACUGGUAUCGGCUGUCCUGUCAUUUAUUGCUCCGGCAAGAUUGGCUCAGGCAAGACAGUCCUCGCCGCGAGUCUGAUUGACCGGAUUCUAAUCGAGAAGCAUGACCCCGAAAUUUUUGUUUCCUUCUUCGUGAGGUUUGAUGACCACGAAUCAUUGAAGACCAGGAGUUUGAAAAGGCUCAAUAUCAUAAUUGAUGGGCUGGAUGAGUGUCAAAAACGAGAGCGCGAGGACCUUCUUAAUGCGCUUUUCUCACUUGUGUCUGUCGAAUCAGAUACAAAUAUAAGGGUAUUUUUCUCCGGUCGCGAAAGCGUAUCGCGGGAAGUAGAGAGAAUAUUUCCUAGACUGAAAAGCGUGUCGAUGAAUUAUCGGGGCGCCCAGUCGGACAUAUCGACCUAUAUCGAGGGCGCUGUCAAAGGAAAGCUGCAAAGCGAAGAGCUGGUUGUGGGAAACAAGGAUCUCAUCGAAGAAAUCAAGGAGGCCUUGAGAAAUGGCGCAGAUGGCAUGUUUCUCUGGGUCGCAUUCCAAAUUGAUGAACUCUGCUCGCAGUGCCGUGACGACGACAUCCGACAGUCUAUCUGCAACUUACCCAAGGAUCUUCCAGAAACGUUCAAUCGUGCCCUUCGUCGUAUUUUCUCGCGAAGUAACACAGAUAUAGCAUUUAGAAGUUUUUGCUGGGUCAUCGCUGCGAAAAGACCCUUAACUCUUGAAGAGCUCAAAGAAGCGAUAUUCAUCGAAGUUGGUCAAGAAUCCUUCAAACCAGAACAACUGCCCUGCAAUAUUUAUCAGCUAAAUUCGUUGUUUCGACAAUUUCUCAUUGAAGGAAGCUUUGAGGCUUCGCUUCACGAUCUCAAGUUCAAUAUUGAGGAUAUCGAUCACUACGCCGGCGAGAUUUGUGUUACAUAUCUGAACUUCAACGAUUUCAAAACGAAAAUCAUUCAAAAGCCAAAGUCUCCCCCGAGGCUUGGUAUCGAGCCCAUUGAGAUAGCCCGAAAAGCUUUGGACAAUGAGCAAAGAUUGUAUGAUUAUCUUCAACGCAUAGCAGGGCUUAAAGCAGACUCGGAAGAAAAUCUAGCGAGUAUUGAUGUCGCUGGAACACUGGCCAACUUGCAGCGGAAUUAUGCAAUGUCGGCGACGAGGAAAAUUCAGCUUAAGCACCAUUACUUGGCAUAUUCAUCAGUCAACGUGAUUCAUCACACAUCACAGUUUCAGAAAAGCAUAUAUAAAACGUGGGAUCCUUGGAAGAAUAUGCUCAUUCACGGCCACGAGCACGUCAGCUAUCCAUGGGGAGAUAGACUUUUCAAGCCGGAUGACCUUAUCAUGAUUUCCGCAUCGAUCAUACCCCAGAUACAACAAGCCUCGGCAAUGGAAGGAGAUCACACACUCCUCGAUAUUAGUUUGCACGGCGCCACCAAGCAAGAUAUAGACCAGCUACUACAUCCUGCUAUUCAAUUUAAUCAUCCAAGUGUCGUUGAGAGGCUUCUAGCCGCAGGAGCAGACCUAAACGCGAGCGGAGAUAAAUGGACAGCACUCAAUCUCGCCGCAAAAUGUGGCUAUCCAGAUGUCCUUGAUAUACUCCUGGUCGCAGGAGCAAUUCCCAACGGCCAAGGAGCCGAUAUAGAAAGAAGUGUGCGGGUGCCACUACAAGCCGCUGCUUGGAAGGGGCAUCUAUACGCUGUGGAUAGGCUUCUCACCGCGGGAGCUGAUGUUAACGGCAGCAGUGGUGGCGAGACAGCUCUACUACUCGCUGCUGAUUCUGGUCAUAUAGAUGUUGUUCAAAGGCUUCUAGAUGCAGGUGCAGAUGUUUCUAUUCGUUCUGCAGUCACUCAUAGAACAGAAAUACAGCACGCAGUCGAAAAAGGUUACUUAGACACCGUCAAGAGGAUCUUAGCUGCAGGGGCAGAUGUCAACACUAGUCUGCAGGUGCAGGUGCAGGUGUGA